AUGGCUGAGUCGAUCAUGUUUUCAGUGGCCCCGUACCACAUCAUCUCUUACGGGACCUUGCUGGGGACCUCGUUCUUCCACUCAUUCGUCAAUGGCCCUGUCAUGUACAAGACGAUUGACAGGCCGGCCUUCUCAGCCGCCCAGAAGGGGCUCUUCCCGAUUUACUUUAGCAUGCAAACCGUCCUCCCGGCAGUCCUCGCCUUGACGUUUCCGGGCAGCACGCUGGCUGGCGUCCCGUCGAGCAUCUCCGGCCUCUUGGACGGAUCCAAUCGAUGGAGCUCGCUCGCCCCCAUAGCCAUCAUGUUUCUGGGCGGCCUGACCAAUCUCGUCGUGUUGCUGCCAGCCACUCUCAAGGUCAUGAAAGAGCGACGAGGUCAAGUCAAACGAGAUGGGAAGGAAUGGUACGAGCAGGGACCCCAUUCGGAAGAGAUGCGUGCCCUGAACAAGCGAUUCGGGAUGCUGCACGGGAUCUCUUCCCUCAUCAAUCUCGCGACAUUGUUCUCGGCACUCGCUUAUGGCUUCACCAUAGGCGCACGCGUACAGACCAUGGCGAAUGGGCUUGGUUGA